CAAACCUUUUAUAUAAAACAUCAUUUUCGCAAUUAGAAACCUUUUUUUGUAUAUUAUUUAUUUUACGAAAUUUGUAUUUUUUAUAUUUCAUUAUUCUUUCGUGUAUUAAAAGUGUUAGUACUUUGUUGCAUGUUGUAUUUUUGUAGUUUAUAUAAUACCUAAAUAAUGAAAAUGCUUAUUUUUUCUAAAUGUAGAUUAUUUAUAACUUUUUUAACAUUUUGUUAUAUUUUCGAUAAUACAGCCUACACUGAAAUAACCUGCGAUAGUGAUAAUACAGCCUACACUGAAAGAGCCUGCAAUAGUGAUUAUUACAAUGGCCAUCCUAGGAAAAAAAUGCGUCCUAUAUUGGAUAAAUUAAAAAAUGCUGGAUUCAGUGGUCAAUUAGAAGAAGAUGUGAUACUAGCUUCACAGAUAAUCAGUGAGAAAACAUUGAAAGAAACACAAAAGGAAAAAACAACAUUGAGAGAUUUUUUUAAAGGUAAGAAAACAUUGAAAGAAACACAAAAGGAAAAAACAACAUUGAGAGAUCUUUUUAAAGAUGAAGAUUUUUUAGGUCCAAAACAAACACACUACCUAUUUACAAAUAGUUGUGACUUACAAGGAUUUACAUCAUAUUUAACCGUGCAAUAUAUGUUUUCAGCAUUAGUAAUGAGUUAUAAGAAAUUUUUAGAAAACGGACCAAAGUAUUCAUCCAAUUAUAUGUGGCCCUAUGCAGAAUCCAUAAUAUAUCCAAAAAAUGAAAAAAUUAAAUUUUUAAAGUUGGAUGAUUAAUAUUUAAAUUAAAUAAUGCAAUAUAAUAACUUAUAA